GUGUUGUGCACCGGCCACGGAUAAGGGAACAGCAGCAAAGGAGGCUCCAAUGUCUCCCAAGGAAUCUGAUGAAGUGUUGUGCACCGGCCACGGAUAAGGGAACAGCAGCAAAGCAGCUCCGACAUCGCGGCCAGAAAUGGAAAGUUUACGUGAUUUCACGUGGCCACUAGAGACCACGGCAUUAGGUGGAUCAGCGGUGGAGAAGAAGAGCCUGGAAUAGCGGAGGGUGAGGAGGAAGAGGGAAGGCCAGGAGGAGGAGAUGUUCCACGGAGAGGGCAGAGGAAAGAGGAGCAGGGGAUGAUCGAAGACCUACAAAUCUAGAGGGAUUAACCUGAAUGUGUCGCGAUGAGCGGAAAGAGGAGGGAGCACGAGGAGCAGGGCCAGAAGGGAUCCCCUUGGACUGAGAAGAAGUGAUCCCAGUCGCCGGAAGGCGUCUUGGUGGGAGAGAUGAGGAGGGCACGACGACGCGGUUUCCGUCAAACUAUCGCGUGGAGCCACGUUUACACGCUUUGUCAAUCCCCCAAGUCGCAGUCAACGGCUUCUCCUAGCGCAAAGCUUCUGCAGUGUGGUGUAGUUUCCCUGCAUUUGGUCGGAUGUUUCGGUAGGGGAGACGCGGAGACUGUGCAACAGCACUACUCUACUCUGCUGCUCUAUAAAGCGCCAUGCAGCGUAGUCGAAUUACCUCGCCCUGCGCUCACUCAUUCCAUGAUGGAGCUACCAGUUUCAGCAAACAAGCCUGAGCACCAUGAUCUCCCACACCAACCAGCAUCACCAUCUCAAUUUGCCGGCAGCAGAAUCAACGUGUUCGCCAUCAUCGGAUUCGUCUUCCUGACGAUCAACUUCCUGGACUCAGCCUACCGGUCGCGCCACGAUCCCUCGGCGCUGGCCUUCGCGGUGUUCAUCUAUUCGGACUUGGCGAUGCUCUUCGUUUGCCUGCGGAAUUUCGAGAAACUGGGUGCCGACUGCUCACCGGAGAAGAAGGAGCGGGUGAAGGCCACGGUUUGGGCCCUCGUGUCUGCGCUCAACCUGGCGCUCGCAUGGCAAGUGGCGAAGAUCAUGCCGCCGAUGCUCGCUGUGGUUGUGUGGCUUAUGGCAAGCCUCGUCACCCUCGGUGGGUUUUAUGGUCUGUUCCUCUACCGGGAUGCCGACGACAUUGUUGCUGCCCAUGAUUACUCUCCUGUCAAGAACAACCAAGUAUCGUCACCCGAAGAACAUGUCUAAUAUUGCCAGUUAUUGCUGGAAAUUAUAUAUAUAUGUGUAUUAUUAUUA